UUCCUAUAUUUUAUACAGUUCGAUAAAAAAGAAAAGAAAAAUGAAAUCGCAUCUCUAUAGACAGUAAAAGUUAACUGUAUACUUAACCAUUAAUUACAUAAGGAACUAUCGUGCAAAGAAUAAUUUCAGUUAUCAGCAUGAUUUAUUAACGUCAGACGAACAGAGCUCUAUCAUGGCAUUUUUCCAAUUGGUUCUAAAAGCCAACAAAUUGGAAAAAUUGAGGCAAAGUUACGAGGAUGAAAAACUGACAUCGAUUGAGAUUUCGAAGGGUAUCGUCAAACCUGUAUAUACCUUGAAGCAGCAAAUUCGUCGGAGAAAAAUAUGGUUUAAGAAGAAGGUUACACACCUCUUAGGCAAAAUCUUUGCCAUUUUAAGAGAUUCUUGGAUGUAUGAAAAGAUUGUUGUAAUUCGUACCGAUGGAACACUGGAAAAUUACAUAGCAAAAAGCUUUGCAGGAUUCGUUGGUGGAAUAUUCUUGACGUACAUAUUUUUCGUAUUUUUCGUUUUUCAAUUGCACUUUAAGCUGUCGUCUGCGACGUUCCUCUGUACAAUAAUAGGAAUAAUUCUCACUCUUGGUCUUGCAUUUUCUUUCCAAGUCCGAUGCGUUGUGUUCCUUCUCUUGCCGCAAUUUUUCUCGAAACGCGGAAGGCAAGCUUUAAUGGCGUACGCGUUUAUUUUAGCUUUAACUGGACCAGUGAAGAAUACUAUGCACAACAUCGGUGUACUUUCAGAGUCACUAGCCUGUGCGCAAGAACAGUUAAAGGAAGCGGUAAAGACCGUCAUAGAUUUAGCAAAACAACCGUUUUACGCUUUGCGAGAAGCAAUAUCGAAAGUCAUAAAGAUGGUCAAAGUGGUCGUAAAGAGGAUUAAACAGACUCUAAUUGCGAUUAAAAGAGUCGUUCUUAGCAUACUUAGAGUUAUCACUGCGGUAUUCGAAUGGCUGGGAAGUAUCAUAAGUAUAUGUAACAAAAAGUUGGGCACACCUUUCGACAGGUGCCAAAGCGUUUUCGAAGGAGCAGUGGCGGAUUGCAAAGCAAAAUUGGGUCCAAUUUUUGGAUUGGUUUGCAACAUAACUUACGUAGUCAGUAGUCUGUGUUACAUAGUGAAGCCACUGGAUUUCAUUUGCAUGCUUGUUUCCUAUAUCGCUGACAGCGUAGUUGGUGUCGUAAAGAGCAAAAUUAAGAAGUUCACGAUGCAUAUGAAAGCGAUGUUCUACGUUAAAGUUAAGUUCUCCCAUUCGUUUCAUUUCGAAACCAACCAAAGCAGAACGAUACAAGACGUGUCCACGAGCAUUACUACAGAAAUACGCUCGAGAACGGACAAACUCUUUGGUUUCUUCGAUUUCAUGAACUUCAUCACGUCCUUUUUCAUGUUCUUUAUCAUACUCAGGGUGUUACGCUAUCGUUACAAAUGGUUAACCAGCGAGCGUUUCGACAAUCGAUACAUAACCGACGAUCUACGUACCAUCGAUUUGAUAAGAACACGUCAAGACAAGGAGACAGUUUUGCCAUUGAAUCGACGUGAACGGAACAAAUACGUACCACUCUCUUCCGUCAUAUUAAUAAAAUCCGAAAGAACGAAAUUAUCCAAGUCUAUCAUAUUCUUAAGCCUGGCUACGGUCAAACUUAUCACGUACAUAUUGAUAGAUUAUUGUCUUUAUUGGGUACUGAACACCAUACAACUUUACGGACGAUUUCAAAGCAAAAUCGAACGACCAAACGUGGUAACUAUUCACGUAUCGGGCGAUGGGUAUUUAGCUGAUCUUUAUAAAAGUAUCGUAAAAGCAUUCACGCCACACGGGCAGGGAACAGAAAUCGAUACGAUGCUUUGUCUUCCGGAUCCUGUAACACCUGAUUUCGAUAAAUACACUCAGAUCCUCGUUUUGAUCUUUCUUUGCUGGCUGAUGGCAUUUUUCGAGCCUUAUGGUUUACGAAUGAGACAGGUAGUCAUGUGCCAGUAUUAUCCCGAGAGAGCAAAGCAGAGGGCAGCUUGGUUGUACAAUUACAUCAUCAGGUCAAGGGGCAAUUUUUUGAAGUUUGCUAGACGUCAAUUGCGCCGAAAAUUUGGCCUCACCGAAGGGGAAAAGAUCGAGAAAGUAACUUUGAAAGAGAAAUUGUGGGCCACGUUUCCCUUAUUGAAUAUAUUUUUCCCAUCGAAACAAAAAGCGUGUCUUCUGUGUGGCACAGUGGAACGUGACGAGGAUCCACAUGUUAAAUGUCCAACUCCUGGUUGCAUUGGCCUAUAUUGUACGCAAUGUUUCGCGGAUUUGCAGAAUUUGUGCACCAUUUGUCGGUCACCGAUGGACUACGGUGACUUGUCCGACAUGAGUGAGGAGAAAGACUCUUCGGAAGAUCAAUUUGAAAUACCAAGAAGAGCGUUGCUAAAACCUGAAUUGAAAUUGGAAGAAGAUAAAAUAAUGGACGAGGAAGGUAAAAUGAUGGGAGAGGAAUACGAAGCAAUGUUAGGCGAAGAAUAUGAAACUGAAGAGGAAGAGAUGUUAAGUAAAGAAUAUGGAACUGAAGAUGAAGAGAUGUCAGGUGAAGAAUAUGAAGUGGAAGAUGAAGAGAUGAUGGGUGAAGAAUAUGAAACUGAGGAUGAAGAAAUGUUAGGUGAAGAAUAUGGAGAUGAAAAGAUACUAGGUACAGAAUAUGAAGGUGAAGAGAUAUUAGGAGAAAGAUACGAAAAUGGAAGGGUAAUGGGGGGAGAAGAAGAAGAAGAAGAAAGAGCAAUGCAAAUGAUAGCAAAAAAGGAAGGAAAGAUAGAAGACAAAGAAGAGGUAAAAGUGAAGAACGAAAAAGAAGGAAACAAAGUAAGAGCCGAGCAGGCAGAGAAAAUGGAAAGAGACGUCGGUGAGCAGACGGAUGAUAAAUCCUUGGAAGAUGUCGAUCAAAGUACCGAAUACAGUUACACGUAUCAAGAUGAAUCUCCUGAGGAAGUCGAAAUCGAGAAAACGAGGAAACGAUUCAAAGACGUGGAAGCACAGAAAAUUCGAGACGACGUAACAAUCCAAAUAUUCAACCAACCGUUCGUAAGAGAAUCAAUCUCGGGCAGUAAAUCACCAACUUCUGGCUUCGUUGUGAGAGCACGUAGAAAAGUUCGUGCCAAAUUAAAAAAGCGGCCGGUUGCCGAGGUGAGAGAUUCGGAUUCAUCAAGUUCGAUUGCCGACACGGAAUCCUGGCCGAGUGAAGACGUCGACGAAGAAGAAGUAAUACACAUAGAAAUAGACGGCGAUUCGGAAGAAUUACUUCCGAAGGAUAGAAAGGAUAGAAGGAAACUAGGUCGUAUAAAUAGAAUCGUCGAUGCGGUUGCGAGAAUUCCUUGGCUCGGUAAAGGAGAGAAUGACGAGAAGACACGCAAAGGAUUGCAAAGGAGACGUCCAUCCCUUAUGAAUAAGAUUGUCAGUAUGCUUCACAGAAAGCAAUCAAUGCCAAUCCAAUCGUAUAAAAGAGUUAGAAGGACGAAGGAUUCCUCGCCCUCUUCUUCCUCCUCGUCUGACGAGGAAAACGAGAGUCUGCUAAAUGUGCAAGACAGAGACACUGAUAGUCCAUCACACUUGGCUAGAAGAAGAAGUAGAAAGACAACAACGGAAGAUACUUCUGAUGAAACUCUAACUAGGAGGGUAUCGUAUGAAAGGAAUUUCGAGACGAAACCAUUACCAAGGAAUCUGGAGUCUGCUGUGAAAGACACGUCUUAUUUCGAGGUAGAUGAGACUAAAGACUCACGAAUGCGAAAAUGUGUUCGCCAAGUAGAGGAUAUCAAUAAACCGUCAGACAUAAAAGUGCCUACAGGACUUAAAUAUAGAGACACGUGGAGCACGACAGAAAACGAUGAAUUAGAUCUUUGUUCUUGCACAUCAGAGAUCACGUUUGAGACAACUGCAGAUAAAGAUAUUUAUUCAUUGGGUAUGAGCACUAUAUCGGAACAGACAAAUAGAGUUAGUCAGAUUGUAUCUAAAGGUAAGACAGAUUACACAAAGGUGAGAGAACCGUGGAUCGAACAAAAGUAUACGAAGGAUGAUUUUUCUGAGUACAAAGACUCGAAAGAUUUAGAGGAAGAAAACACGGAAUUGGAAGAAAACAGAAAGAUAAAAAGCAUAACUACGAAGAAAAUAAAGGAAGAAAUUGCAACAGUUUGUUCAGAUACAGAUAAUACUUCAUUAUAUGAUCCAACAGCAGAUUUAAAAUUAUACGGUGUUGGUCAUAAAUCGAGGAACCGACAAGCGACUAUGGAAGAAGCUGCAGGGUUUAAAAUGCAAUGUUCGGAAGUGAAGCCAACAAUCUCAGAAGGAAAACUUCUAAAAAUUGAUACUGGAAAUAAAAACAUAUUUUUCGACAAGCUAAUAAGAAAGACGAAGGUCGAUAAAUCCACCGAUCUAUCAGAUAAAAACAAAUUCACUCAAACAAAAUUGCACAAACAUGAUAGAAGAGAUAAUUAUAUUAAGAAAGAUACAAAUAUCGCAGACUCAGGAAAGUUUGGUGAACUUUCUAGAGAGUUAAAUAAGGAGAGUAGAAGACAGAAAGAAAAGCAUCGUCGAAGGUCAAAACGAAGAAAACGCAGUGGUUCAGAAAAAUCAACGUUAACCGAUGACGAAGAGAUUCAUCCUGAGCUUAAAUCACGAUCAAAAAGAUCACGUCGAUUUGUUCCCGAAAAUGCUGAAAAAGGAAGCGAAGCAGAAGAAUUGAAGCCACGCGAAAAUGAAUACUUUGCUCGUGAAUCUCCAUCGCGAAGUUAUGGACCAGAUAUUUGUAAGAACUGUGCUUCCGAUCAUCCAGAGAUGGCGAAACGAACAUUUGAAAUGCCUAUGGUAAAAAGAUACUUGCCUAUGUAUCAGAGUCCAGGACUGAUCGAAGAAUUGAAAAGGCAUGAUCGAAUGAGAUUAAUUCAAGAAAGAGAAAUUAGAAAACGGAGAAGUAGAAGUUCUCAUCGAUCUUCAGAUGCGGAAGAUCGAAAGGUUGAUCGUUCUCCUGCAUCUGAUUCAUCGUUUAAACCGAAAGAAAAAGAUGGCAGACUUGCUUAUCAAGAGUCGCAAGCUUAUAAAAAUGUCUUACGCGAAUUUCAAACAAGGGCUGGACGUGAAGAAGUUCGUAAGAAACCUAGAAAUAGGAUACCUUUAAUAUGCUUGUCCGAAAAGGCAGACAAAAGUAAAGAAGUGGAGCAACUAUAUCCAUCUGAAAGACAAGCUCGACAAAAGCCGAGUGUGAUGAAGAAAUUCGCUCAUAAAAUAGUAGCACCAUUCAAGCCGCCUAAAUGUAAGAAACACAAAUGCAAGACGCACAGAGGAGACGUAAGGUUUGAAGAAAUGGAAAUUAUGUACGAUUGCUUAUGUGACGCAGAAGUUUUAAGCGAGGCAUCUUCUACUUGUAGUUGCGUUAACAAGACACAUAAAUCUGGUACUUUAACAUCCGCCGAUGAAACAAGUGAUAAUAACGAGUCAAUCCAAUGAAAGGAUAAAAAUAAUAUCUUCAAACGUGUAUUACAAACUUUUGGAAUCUGAUUCCUGAUAGUAUAAUCUCGAGACACCGUUAGUUAUCGGAUCUUAUACUUACAUUGGCGAACUCAAUGGUGGAAAUUUAUCAUAGGAGAAAUAAAUAGUUUGUUAAGUAUGUUAAAGGCUGGACUGCGGAUUUUUAUGCUGCGAAAUUAUUUAAAUGCGUGAAAAUGUACAAAAUGCAUAUAAUAUGUAAGCAUAUAGGAAUUAUCCAAAGCUUUGUCAGUAAUUAAACUAAUAGCGUUCCCCUUCUGAAUUAGAAAGAGAAAAUAUAUAGUUUAGAAACCCUAA